GUCGAGUUAAAUCGCACCUUGUUUAUAAGUAUUACUGCUCUUGCUUUCGGGAUUGCCCUAGAGUCGAAGGCAUUCUUAGAGCUCCAGCUAAUGCGCUGUAGAGGCUGUUGGUUGUUGACUGAGAAAAGGAAUCUGCAUAGAUUUAAAUUGUGUGUUCUGAGCUCAGCUCAGAGUCUUAACAGAGCCAUGGGUGUGGCGUUGACUAGAUCUGCACAGUGGACUGCUGCGGGGUACGGGACUGGAACCCUGGAGAUCACCCCACUGAAUGAGUCGCUAUUGAAUGAAAUUACUAAGUUUGUGGAGUCUUUUAUUUACAAAUAUCCCAAAGAGGCGAAAUUCGUUUUUGUAGAACCACUUGAGUGGAAAACAGGUUUGGAGCCCUCAGCUUUUGAAUCAGGUUAUAUUGUCAGUGACACUACAGUCAAAUCAGAAGACGUUGAUAGAGAUGGAGAGCCCCUGCUGCUUCUCUCUGUGCCUCAGAUUAAAGUCAGGAGCUUUGGGCAACUGUCCCAGGUGUUAACAAUUACCAAAGACAACAAGCUGCAGGAGGUACAAGCCUGUAUUGAAGCUAACAGAGACCCUAUAGUGAAAAUCUUGGGCUCGGAGUAUGGUGAAAUGAAAGAGUCUACUACUUUAACUAUUCUUGAUACAAUCACCAAAGACGAAAUGUUUAUUAAAAGGAAAAUCGCCAUCCUGCUAAAACAGCUGGAUCUCCAUCUGCUCAAUCACUCUCUAAAGCACAUCUCACUAGAGAUCCAUUUGAAUCCCACGAGGUUUAAAAAAGAUAUUGAGCUGCUCAAACGUUUCUCCGGAAAAGGGGAGCUGACAGUUCUGGAGUCAAUUGAAUAUACUUCAGAUUAUGAAUUUUCAAAUGGGUGUCGUGCCCCACCAUGGAGACAGAUCCGAGGGGAAAUCUGUUACGUGCUGGUAAAGCCACAUGACGUGGAAACUCUGUGUAUCACCUGCAGUGCAGAAGGAGUGUUUUUAAAUGGUGGCAAAAAAGAAGAGGAGGGGGAAAUUAAUUAUGAGAGACAAGGUGAAAUUUACGAUGACCUUGUUUCAUGUUUAAAAGACAAAUCACCAGUAUUUUCAGAGAAUAUGUCUAAGCAGGAGCUUAGAUUCAGUGAGGAACAACAGAAGGACCAACAGCCCAGUGAGAAACCCAAAGUAGAAGAUGGGCACUCAUCUGCAGCUGGUUCAGAGAAGAGUAAGACGGAGAAGAACCAGAUUAACUUUGGGAAAAGUCAUAUAACCAAGAGAUUGGAGCCGAGCCUAAACUGGAGAGCAACUGUUGAUUACAAAGACCACAAGAGCUCUGUAAAGGAUAGCCAAGAGGAAAAACAAGGAAAAAUGGAAAGGUCGUCGGUGUCUGUUUCCUCAGGCCGUGCACAGUUACUUCGUAAGAGUGGCGACAGGGUUGAGGAGACUGCCAGUGAGAGCUCCUCAGAGAGUGAGGAGGAUGAGGAGCCCCCGGAUCACCGCCAAGAAGCCAAUGCUGACCUGCCAUCCGAGUAUUGGCAGAUUCAGAAGCUUGUGAAAUAUUUAAAGGGGGGAAAUCAGACAGCCACGGUGAUUGCCUUGUGUUCCAUGAAGGAUUUCAACUUAGCCCAAGAGACCUGUCAGCUGGCAAUUAGAGAUGUUGGAGGGCUUGAAGUCUUAAUAAAUCUACUUGAUACAGAUGAAGUCAAAUGCAAGAUUGGUUCAUUAAAAAUCCUGAAGGAAAUCAGUUAUAAUCCUCAAAUCAGACGUAAUAUUGUUGACCUUGGGGGCUUACCAAUUAUGGUUAAUAUACUUGAUUCUCCACACAAGAGUCUCAAGUGUUUGGCAGCUGAGACCAUAGCAAACGUUGCCAAGUUCAAAAGAGCCCGGCGGGCAGUAAGACAGCAUGGAGGCAUCACCAAGCUGGUUGCUCUAUUGGACUGUGGACAGAAUUCAGUAGAACUGACUCAGCCGAGCCUGUAUGAAACCAGAGAUGUGGAAGUGGCUCGCUGUGGGGCCCUGGCACUCUGGAGCUGUAGUAAGAGUCACUCGAACAAAGAAGCCAUCCGUAAAGCCGGGGGCAUCCCCUUGUUGGCUCGGCUACUGAAGACAUCUCAUGAAGACAUGCUCAUUCCAGUGGUGGGGACAUUGCAAGAAUGUGCAUCAGAGGAAAACUACCGAGCUGCCAUCAAGGCAGAGAGGAUCAUCGAAAACCUGGUGAAGAACCUGAAUAGUGAGAAUGAGCAGCUGCAGGAGCAUUGUGCCAUGGCCAUCUACCAGUGUGCUGAAGAUGAGGAAACCCGAGACCUGGUUAGGCUGCAUGGAGGACUUAAACCCUUGGCCAGUCUACUCAAUAAUACAGACAAUAAAGAACGAUUAGCUGCUGUCACUGGGGCAAUCUGGAAAUGCUCCAUCAGCAAAGAGAAUGUGAUUAAGUUUCGAGAAUACAGAGCCAUUGAGACACUGGUAGGACUUUUAACUGACCAGCCUGAAGAAGUCCUCGUGAAUGUGGUUGGAGCCUUAGGAGAAUGCUGUCAAGAACAUGAAAACCGGGUCAUCGUCCGGAGGUGUGGUGGCAUCCAACCUCUUGUGAACCUCCUGGUUGGAAUAAAUCAAGCACUUCUCGUGAAUGUCACAAAGGCUGUGGGUGCAUGCGCAGUAGAACCAGAAAGCAUGGUGAUAAUUGAUCGUUUAGAUGGAGUUCGCUUGUUGUGGUCCCUGCUCAAAAAUCCACAUCCAGAUGUAAAGGCCAGUGCAGCGUGGGCACUCUGUCCCUGCAUCGAAAAUGCAAAGGAUGCUGGAGAAAUGGUCCGUUCCUUUGUUGGUGGUUUGGAACUGGUUGUCAAUUUAUUGAAGUCAGAUAAUAAAGAGGUCCUGGCAAGUGUCUGCGCUGCUAUCACCAACAUAGCAAAAGACCAGGAAAACUUAGCUGUCAUUACAGACCAUGGAGUUGUCCCUCUGUUGUCCAAACUUGCCAACACGAAUAAUGACAAGCUGCGGCGCCACCUGGCAGAAGCUAUCUCACGCUGCUGUAUGUGGGGAAGAAACAGAGUGGCCUUCGGUGAACACAAGGCGGUGGCUCCAUUGGUGCGUUACCUAAAAUCAAAUGACACCAACGUGCACCGAGCUACAGCUCAGGCCUUGUACCAGCUCUCGGAAGACGCUGACAACUGUAUCACCAUGCACGAGAACGGCGCGGUGAAGCUUCUACUGGAUAUGGUUGGGUCCCCAGACCAGGAUCUCCAGGAAGCUGCUGCCGGCUGUAUAUCUAACAUUCGCAGGUUGGCUCUCGCUACAGAAAAGGCGAGAUACACUUGAAACGUGAACGCACACAAGCUACCAAAUGCUCUGACAAAGGACAUACCACUCCCUCUGCCAGGAAGCCAGAGUCAAGAAGCAUUUAUCAAACAGUCCUUCAAACAGUCCAAACAAACAAACAAACAAAAAAAAA